AUGUUAGACCUCAGCUUUGCCUCAAGCCCUCUAGCACUUAUGGGAGCUAAAGCUAGCAUAAAGCUGAGAUUUGAUACACUAGACCACACCUGCUUCCUCUCACUUCUUGCCUCUAAUCUCGCUGAGAUCAAGAGCUUAGCCACAACAGAAGAAGACCUUGAUGCCCUCGCUGGAAAACUAACAUCUGCAAUCCAAGGAGCAUAUUGA